AUGAACCUGGAAAAAAUAAACCCGAGAGCCGACUACCGACGAAGAAAAUCAACGGGCAACUCAACUAUCCAAGCCAACACUCAAAGAAGAUCGUCCACGGGCAACCCGAGCAUCAAAACCUACAAACCAAAUUCCAAUCCUCCAACCUAUCUUGAAGCCUUAACGGGCUCGUGUCACGAUUUUUGCAAGUAUGGAAUAAAACGCGCUUUGCCGGUCAAGCCAUGGCGCCCGGUGGGUCGAAAGCUAGACAAAAAUAGAAAUGUCUUGUUGCCAUUAAAGAUAUCAGAUGAAGAUCAAAGAGGAAAGAGGAUUUCAGCAUCUCCAAGAAAACUCCAGCCCAGUGUUUUGGUAAAACCGGAAUCUCGAAAAACAGAUGCAUUUGGUAAACAGCUGAAAAAACCGCUUCUGAAAAGCGCAAGUGAUACACGAAAAGACAAGAAAAGCAGUUUCCCACCAGUGAGUGGUUCGGUUUUACCAACAAAUAUCAUAACUAACAAGAGCUUCCCGAAAAAAACAUAUAAGUCGGAAGCCAAAAGCGGUGCUGGAAAACCCGAGAGAGAGAAAACCAGAGUUGAAGAUGUCCCGGAGAAGAUCAUACAUGUGAUCGAGCCAGAAGAUAAAGAGCAUUAUAAGGAGAAAACCGGAAAAUGGCCACUCAUAGAAGAAAACCGGAAAAUGGCUACAAGGGGUUCAAAAGUUAUCAUCCCCGAAGCGGAAAAAAAGGAUAUGGCAUUCAAAAGGAUGAAAUUUAGGAAAGGGAAAGUUGUUGAGAUCGAAAACGGGAAAGGUGGGUCCACUGACAGAAGUCUGAGGAAGCUAGUUUCUGAAGAUAAGUUUGUUCGUGAGAAUAAUGAUAAAAAAAUUGUUCUUAGGCAUCGGUCCAUGGAACCAAAAGACGUGAAUUCGGUUUUGACGAACAUCGUGAUUGAGGAGACGGCGAGUAAACUGGUGAAGAGAAGGAUGAGCUCUGUCUGGGCCAAGAAUGCCAUGAACAUCAUGCUGACCAAUGUUGUCGAUGUUGUUGUCGGAAACCUAUCUUAUUUCCUGUUUGGUUUUGCCUUUGCCUUCGGCGAAGGCCCGACCAAGCACCCGGUCAUAGGGACAACACAUUGUGCUCUAAAAGACAUCCCCACAAGAUCCUAUGAUAUCAACUUCUUUCUCUACCAAUGA